AUGGAUGAGAAGAAUGACAUGGACAAGAUUGAUGAUGUGAUGUUGCCUGGCUUUCGUUUUCAUCCCACUGAUGAGGAGCUCGUUGGGUUUUACCUCAGGAGAAAAAUUCAGCAGAGGCUUCUCCCCAUUGAGUUGAUUAAGCAAGUUGACAUUUACAAAUAUGAUCCCUGGGAUCUUCCAAAGCUGGCAAGUACUGGGGAGAAAGAAUGGUACUUCUACUGCCCAAGAGACAGGAAAUACAGGAACAGUGCUAGGCCUAAUCGAGUCACAGGAGCUGGGUUUUGGAAAGCAACUGGAACAGACAGGCCUAUUUAUUCUUCUGAAGGCUCCAAGUGCAUAGGUUUGAAGAAGUCCCUUGUGUUCUACAGGGGCAGAGCUGCUAAGGGGAUCAAAACUGACUGGAUGAUGCAUGAAUUUCGGUUACCUUCUCUCUCAGAGUCGGCACCACCACCAAAAAAGCUCUUGGAUAAAAGCCUUCCUGCAAAUGAUGCAUGGGCCAUUUGUAGGAUUUUCAAGAAGACAAACUCCAUGGCACAGAGAGCUCUUUCUCACUCUUGGGGGUCUCCAUUCCCAGAACCUACAGCAGCAUCUGGUUUACUCAAUCAAGGUGCACACUGCACUCAGUUCAGCUCAGAGAACAUGUCGUGCACAACUGACAUAGGAUCAUCCAUCCAGUUUUGGAGCAACAAUGACUUGCAACAAGCUUCUAAUGCCAGCUACUCUGCCUUUGACACUCUCCCUUAUAAACCCAUCAAUCCCACAGGAUCCAAACCCUCCAUAUUUGAUGCAGAUCAAUUUCCCAAUGGCUUCAUGUUCUCUCCAGUGGAAAUGUCAGGACCCAUCAGCCCUGCCUUAAUUGGUGAUUUGAGUAACACAACUGGAAGCAUAGACUUUGAUGGUUCACAACAGCAACAGUUCAGCGGCUUUUCGAUCAAUUUGUCACAGAAUCAGAUGCAGGGAAACAUGGAAACAAGAGAAAAUGAAGGGGGCUUCAGGAAGAACUUAAGUAGUAGCACAAGCCAUGCUAAUAAUAAUAAUAAUAAUAAUAAUGGCCAGUGGGGAAGCAUCAGACCAAUUGCAUUUCCCUUCAGUUUGGCUUCAGAUGAUGAUGCUUGGAAGCCUACUCUGCCAUCAGAUUCACCACCUUGUCCAAGUGACAUGUCCACUAGCUAUUCUACAAACAAAUGCUACACUUGA